UCGCGGCGGGAGGAGGCGUCGUCGUCGUCGGGAAGGGAAUGGCGUCGCUGCGCUGCAGCUCCGUGGUCUGCGUGGUCUGUCUGGAGAAGCCCAAGUACCGCUGCCCGGCCUGCCGCGCGCCCUACUGCUCGCUGGCCUGCUUCCGGACGCACCGAGAGAAGUGCAAUCCUGAAACUCGACCCGUUGAGAGAAAACGUUCAGCUCUUGCUGCUAAAACUGUGAAGCCGGUGGAGAACCAGGGUGAUGAUGACUCCAUAGCUGAUUUUCUAAAUAGUGAUGAAGAGGAAGACAGAGUUUCUUUGCAGAAUUUGAAGAAUUUAGGGGACUCUGCUGCGUUAAGAAGCUUGCUGCUGAACCCGCACCUGAGAGAGCUGAUCGUCAACCUUGAUCAGGGGGACAACAAAGCCAAGCUCAUGAGAGACUACAUGCAGGAGCCCCUGUUUGUGGAGUUUGCUGACUGCUGUUUGAAAAUUGUGGAACCGUCCCGCAGUGACGAGUCUUGACGUGGGUUGUUACACUGUGCGACUCCCAAGGUGCUGCUCCCGCUCCCGGGACCAGCGAGUGAAGCGCCUGAAACAA